AUGGGGGAGGGCCAUGAGCCACCAGGCCGGGAUGGGGAGAGCCAUGAGCCACCAGGCCGGGAUGGGGAGGGCCAUGAGCCACCAGGCCGGGAUGGGGAGGGCCAUGAGCCACCAGGCCGGGAUGGGGAGGGCCAUGAGCCACCAGGCCGGGAUGGGGAGGGCCAUGAGCCACCAGGCCGGGAUGGGGAGGGCCAUGAGCCACCAGGCCGGGAUGGGGAGGGCCAUGAGCCACCAGGCCGGGAUGGGGUGAUCGGGGAGCCACCCAUCCUCCCCACCCUCGGGGUAGGGUGGUGUGGGCUGCCCAGUUGCAUGUGUGGCGGCGCGGAGUCAGGUCAGCUUCAGCGCUCCUCCCGCCUACUGGAGCUGACUUAA